GUAGUCUAUAGAGCACAUAUCCCAAGAAAUGACAACCAUUUCAGUGAGCUCAUCCUGGACUGCGAAGCAGAACAAGAUGUUUGAGAAUGCCCUUGCAGUGUAUGAUAAGGACACACCAGAACGCUGGCACAAUGUUGCUCGUGCCGUGGGAGGAAAGACCGUUGAGGAAGUGAAGCGCCACUAUGAGCUGCUCGUUGCGGACAUCAGGCGCAUUGAGAAGGGCCACAUGCCUUAUGCCAGCUACCUGUCAUCUGGCCGCAGGGGUUGAAGUAUCUGCAGCUUGAAGUCAAUAAGGCAUGCAAGAAUGAACUCUCCUUUUGCAGAUCCACCGAGAAGAAACCAAUACUCUAAAGGCUCUAAGAUAAUCAGGCUAUCACUGAUCUUUAGCAUCCUCAAUUCUCUAUAUCUUCUUAGUCAUCAUGCCUUUCUCCUUUCAUUGGAUCAUCAGCUGUAAGUAAAUGUUUAAAUAGAAGACUUGUUUGCAACUAGCUGCCUAGUCUUGUACCCGGUGUACUCAUUCCCUAACAUGCCUCCAGAGUUAUGUUGUCUUCUUUUGAGAAAAGGAGCAAAAACUGUUAUAUGCAUCCACCUAUCAGGACUC